AUGGCUACGAAUCCCAAGCGAUUCGAUGGCACAGAACAGUUCAAGUUCAAGGGGCUGUCCAGAAUGUCAUGGCCACGAGGGGGCGCCUCCGCAUCCUCGUGGAAUCAGCCCCGCCUCCCUCACGCGGCGGCUUCGAGCUCCGAAGCGAAAGUGCGCGUGCGCAGCGGGCGUCCCUGUUGGGUAGCGGUCCUGGCCGGUGUGUUAGGUCCAGCUUCGGUGCGGUGGCCUCUGGGCCUGCGGCUGUCCGGAUGCCCCUCGCCGGACAGGGAGACCAGUGCGGGUUUCAGGGGACAAGAUCUGUUGUCUGAUGUAGUCCCGGCCUCGCUGGCAGGUCCCGAGGACAUCCCCCCCAACUCCAAGCUGGACUCCGCCCAGAGCCUCACCCCCCCUGCGCCAUUGCCGGUUUCCGCUGCCUGGGACGCGGCUGCACGAGUGACUGACAGUCUGUCCAGUCCCGCGCCCACCGGCCUGUCCCGCGCCCACCAGCUCCGCGGCUUCUCUCCAGAGGUUUUGGACGCAGUGAUCUUCGAGGAUGUGACUGUGGACUUCUCCCAGGAAGAGUGGGCUUUGCUGGAUUUUGCUCAGAGGACACUCUACAGAGAUGUGAUGAGAGAAAUCUUCGGGAACCUGGCCUCCAUUGAAGAAAUACGUGAAUUCCAUGGUAUGGAAGAUCACAACCACCAGGGGAAGCAUGUGAGAAAGCAUGCAGUAGAGAGCCUCACUAAAAGUACAGAAGACAACAUAAGAAAUAAAGGAGAUAACAUAAAGAAAAUUGAAGACGAUAAUCAAUGUGGGAAGCUUUUCAGCCAGAAUGCAAAUCUCAUCCGGCUCAAAAGAAUUCUUGCUCGAGUAUAUUCUUCCGAACGCUGUAAGCUUGGAGAAACUCUCUUGGAUCAUUCAUCAUUCAGUCAUCUUAUCAUUUCUCACACUGCAUACAGUACCCAGCAGUGUAAGGAAUGUGGAGUGGCCUGCAAUUGUUCUUCAUACCCAAGAACUCACAUGAAGACUCUUACUGGAGAGAAACUGCAUAAAUGUAAGGAGUGUGGCAUCACCUGUGGCUGUUCCUCAUCUUUCAUUGCACAGAGAAGAACUCAUAGACAAGUAAAACCAUAUAAGCAAAAACAAUUCAGGAAAGUCAUUGAUGACACCUUAACCCUCACUAAACAUAAAAAACCUCAAAGGAGGAAAGCUCUUAGUGCCUCAUGUCUCAGUGAAGAUUUAAGGAAUCCCAGCAGUGGAGAGAGGCCUUAUGAAUGUGAGGAAUGUGAGAAAUCCUUUCACUGCUCCUCAUCCCUCAGGAAACAUGGAAGACUCUGCAGUGGAGAGAGGCCCUAUCAGUGUAAGGAAUGUGGGAAGGCUUUUCAUUGUUCCUCAUUCUUCAGGAAACAUUUAAGAGCUCAUAGUGGUAAAAGGCGUUAUGAGUGUAAGGAAUGUGGGAAAGACUUUACCAGGUCCUCGAGCCUUACUACUCAUCUGAGAACUCACAGUGGUGAGAAGCCCUAUCAGUGUAAGGAAUGUGGGAAGGCAUUUUUUUAUUCCUCAUCCUUCACCACACAUAAGAGAAUUCACAGUGGAGAGAAGCCUUUUAAGUGUAAGGAAUGUGGGAAGUCCUUCAGUGAUACAUCCCCCUUCCAUAGACAUGUGAGGACUCACAAAGGAGAAAGGCCUUAUGAAUGUACGGAGUGCCAGAAGGCCUUCAGCAGACCCUCACACCUUACUAGCCAUAUAAGAACUCACAGGGGAGAGAGGCCUUAUGAAUGUAAGGAGUGUAUGAAAUCCUUUAGUUGGCCCUCAGUCCUCACGAGACAUAUAAGAAUUCACAGUGGAGAGAGGCCUUUUGAGUGUAAGGAAUGUGGGAAAGCCUUUAGUCAGUCUUCAUCCCUCAGUAAACACUUAAGAAUUCACAGUGGAGAGAAGCCUUAUAAAUGCGAAGAAUGUGGGAAAGUCUUCAGUUGUUCCUCAGCUCUGACUAAGCAUUUAAGAACUCACAAAGGAGAGAGGCCUUAUGAAUGCAAAGAAUGUAGGCAAGCCUUUAUCUGGCCCUCAGCCCUCACUAGACAUGUAAGAAUACAUAGCCAAGAGAGGGCUUUUGAAUGUAAAGAAUGA